UGCUUUCGUCUGCUCCAAUGACUCAACGACAACAGUAAAAAACAGAAAACUUAAUGUCAGUUCUGUAAAAAAAAGUCUAGAAGUGUUUUUCCGCCGUGCGUGAUUCGCUUUUUUCACGAAAAGUAGUUGUUGCUACGAAUUCCAAUUGUAUUCUGGACGUUCAGGAUUGAAAAUGCUAACAUCAACAUCGGAACGUCACGACGGAAGAUAGUGAUACGUGCCCACUGCAAAAAGAAGAAACAGCAGUGCAAUUUUCUUCGGAUCCUGCGAAGCACCGUACAAAAUUGUCCUGUAUCCAGCACUGAUGUGCUCUUCCCACUUUACGAAUUGGAACGUUCUUCCGUAUAGAAAUCUGCUUCCUAAAGAAUAAUUGAAGAAGGCAAAAGAUACGGAUAAUAAUCGUCAUAAUUAACACAACAAACAAGGCACCAAUACCUCGGAAGAAUAAAUACAAUAACAAUUAUCUGCAGAGCGUAGUGUUUCGUGAUGGAUUUGGUGGAUAUCGACAAAGUUUUGGAUGAUUUGGAACUGAAUGAGGAUAAUAAGGACCGACCAGCAGUAGCGGCACCGACAAUCCGAUCGACAUCCGUCGAGUCUGGCAAAGAUCUUACACCUUCAACACCAUUGCUGCAAGCAGCGCCAGCAUCGACAUCAUCUGGAAGCCGUACUAAACACCACCAACAAACCUAUAACCAUGUGCAAGAAAAUGGAACUUCAAAUAUUGUCGACUCAACCAACGCAACCGCAGCAGGACUCAACGUUUCCAAACUGAAAACCAACGUCAUAAACGUGUCAACUGUUUUUAAUAGCUUAAAUGAAUAUGUGAAAGCCGGUACAGAUCUAAACGAGAAGCUACAGAAAGUAAUUGAAUAUCCGCCUGCAGUAGAUCUGAGCACCAACGGCGACAACAAACCGCUGUUAUCACCAUCUAGCUCCUCAGUCUCCGCCGAAUCCCAUACGUCUUCAUCAGUUGAUGAGGUUGUUGGUACCGGUGCUGCUGAUGCCGUUGAAAAUUUAACAAACAAAAACUCACGUCGACUUUCAAACUCUUCGACGGCAUCGAACAGUUCCGAACCACCACACAAUCACCGCCGUCAUAGGCAUAGCAGUUGUUCUUCAUCGGUGACCACUUCUACGUCCUCGUCGUCGUCGACGUCGACCAGCGACGGAGAGGAAGACGACGAUGCCGAUGUGCAUGAACGUUUGAAUGAAGGUCUGUCGUUGAGUGCAGGCGAUUAUAUUUUGGAUUCCUCAGAGAAUACGACACUUGCCACGACCAAUGAGGAUCAUCCGACUAACCAAGUGGUUGAGGAGAAGAAAGCCCAAGGUCCCAGCGAGCAACAGGACACGUCUGCAUUUUCAUACAAAAAUAGUUUGUACUCGGAUACACUUAGUAAUGACGUUAUCAAUUUGGAAGGUAUCUCAUCGAUAUCAUCUAUAGUGGCGGUGGAUUUAACGAGUGCUGGCCCCGGCGAGCAUAAAAUUCAUGAAGAAGUUUCUAUACCGUUGGAACAACCCGACAGAAAAGAGGAUGUCGCAUUAGCACAGCCAGAACUGGUCGAGGAAGAAAAAACCGAAGUGAAAAAGGCUGUAGGUUUCGAAUCUACCAUGGAUGACGUUUCGGAUACGGAAUUGGAAAGCUACUUGCAAGAGUUGGAAGAAUAUUAUGACUUCCAACAAACCGCUGUUCCGGGGGCGAGUGCUGCUGCUCCGAGUAUGGUAGAUGCCGAGCCGGUAGUCGAAGCGGCGGCAGAGAAGUCCAUCGACGAGAAAGAUAAGAAGGAUACUAUUAGUAUUGGAAGUCGCAAUAGCAUUGAUACUAGAAGCGAUGAAAGUAUUCCGGAGUCAAAUCGAGGAGAGAAUGACGAAGAUCUAAUUUCUCAAGCUUCUACACUUGAGUUCAAUGAUUUGGCAGCAAUGCAAGCUGCAAAUGGUGGUGCCAACGCAGUUGAUGAUUUGGAAAUAGAGGACCUUCCUGAUAACGAAGUGCCGGAAUUUUUCGCCGAAGCAGGAGAUGAUGCUGGUGAGAUCAAAUUUAUCGAUUGCACCGAAACGGAAUCAGCAAUUGUUAGGGAAGAGAUACCUGUUGUAGAAGAAGCCAGAGCUGGCGCGGAUAGCGGUAAUGUUCCAAAUAAAACAUCUGAUCCAGCCGCCACUUCAGAUCGAACUCCCCUACCUCGACCAAAUUCCCUUGAAUUGCCGGCUCAAGGGGAUACAUAUUCUGAAAAGCAAAGUUCUCCCGGUCACACACCGCCUUCGUCAAUGUCACACGGAAUCGAUUCUGAUCAAUGCCUUACUCUGUCAUCCACGAGCUCUGAUGAUUUCGCCCCAUCAGUAGCAAUAGCUCCGGCUCCGCCGCCUUCAGCACCACCAACAGAGACUAGCGAUGGUCUUCUCGACGAAAGUAGCGAAGGUCUAUUACCGUUUCGUCCAACUGGUCCCCUUGCUUCCCAUCCUCAACUUGGUAGAAUACCUCCGUACUGGGUACCGGAUAAUGCAGCUAAUUCCUGCAUGCAAUGUAACCAAAAAUUCUCACUGAUAAAGCGACGGCAUCAUUGCCGAGCAUGCGGACAACUACUCUGUUCGUCAUGCUGCUGCUUGAAGGCCAAACUAGAAUACCUCGGCGAUGUAGAAGCUCGCGUUUGCAUCAGCUGCGACAUCAUUCUCAACCAGCAGCAGCAGGAACUGGAAGAGGCACAAUACGGAUCUCAAUUUGCGAUUGCCGCUGGUGCAUCGGGAAUGUCCACCACGCGCCAACCAAAUCCAAACAAUCCGAUGGAAUACUGCUCCACGGUUCCGCCCUUCCAACAGGCGAGCAAUCAGUCCCAGUCGCCCAUUUCGGUGAUGGUUCCGGUGGGAGUGCUGAAACGUGCCGGAGCUCCCCGCACUGGACGAAAGGAUAAGACGGUGAUUUUCAGUGAUGGCAUUCGCCCCGGGUGCGAUUUGACCGAGCUAGACGAGAACUGGGACUCGCAAACCAAAACAUCUCCAUCGAUUGUGCCCGGGGACAAGCGGAAGGGGCGCGUUCAGACACCUAUUGGGGAGGAACCUCCGUCCAUCUCGAACACCAUCAAAUCUCUCAUUCCCCAGGGCGAUAAUAAACUACCACCGGUUGUGAAACAGAUCAGCAAAACUGAAACCAAACACAUCGAUGUGGAUAACGAUGCGGCGCUGAUAACGAGUCUGCGCGACGGAACAUUAACCUUUGCGCUGCAGCGAAACCUUCUGGUGCUGGUGACAAUCGUGGAGCUGAGCUGCUGCAUCAACAAGACUGUCAUUAACUUCACCACCCGUGGGAUGCACUACGUUGGUCAGGACGAAAUCGUUAUUCUGCUGGAGCUGGGGGAGUCCCAGUUGCUACCGAAGGAUAUUUUCGUGCAUUUGAAUGAUAUCUACGUGGAGGCGGAUCGUGGUAACACGUUAACUGAACUGGGAUUUAGCCCGCCAAGUAUGCCAAAUUUUCUUGGGUCGAAAAAUCACGGAGGGUUCCUGUACGUGAGGCCGACCUAUCAGUGUAUGCAGAAUGUGAUAAUUCCGGACGCACCCUAUCUGGUGGGUGUGUUGAUUCAUAGGUGGGAGGUACCAUGGGCGAAGAUAUUGCCACUUCGAUUGAUGCUCCGAUUAGGGGCACUGUAUCGGUAUUAUCCCAGCCCACAUGUGAGUGUGCGAGAGAGAGAAUCGGUUUACGUGGAAAUCGCCCAAACGGUGAUAACGUUGCUGGCAGAUUUUAGGAACUAUUCGUAUACUAUUCCGACCAUUCGUGGCAUGGUGAUACACAUUGAAGAUAGGAAAACGAGUAUUCUUAUUCCGCGGAACCGGUACGAGCAAGUAAUGAAGGUGCUCAGCGGAUCACAGGACCAAACAAUACUGGCACUGGGCGGAAACUUCAGUAAGGUGGCUGACGGCCAUCUGGUGUGUAUUCAAAACACAGACUCUGGCUGUCCCGAAACGGCACAGUAUUCAACUCAGGCGAUCAAUAUCGAAGGACAACCAAGGAAAGUGACAGGAGCUAGUUUCUUGGUUUUGAACGGGGUGCUAAAGCCAAACUGUGGUUUGGUGGGAAAAUGCAGUAUUGUUGAGGACGGGCUCAUGGUGCAGGUUCCACCGCCCAAAAUGAACACAAUCAAGGAUGCACUGAAGAAUAUGAAGGAUUAUAAGAUCAUUUGUGGGCCGGUCGAAGGUGAUGACAGCCAGAAAGAGAUCGUUAGCAUAGAAUGGACGGAAAAUGAUCUCAAUUUCAAUAUUGGAGUAAUCUCUCCGAUUGACAAAAAACCACUGAAUGGAGUACCCAGCAUCCGAGUGCAUCGAGGAACCGAUUACUCCAAUGCAAAUCAUAUCAUAAGGUGGACAGAAGUUUUCAUUAUUCAGGGUGACGACGAGUCAAACCACCCUGGUGACCCAAUCAACAUGUCGAAACUCUCAGAACAAGUCGCCAGGAGCGCUUGUACUGCGCUAGUUGCCUUCCUCGAUCUGUUGGCUUCCAACGGUUUUCUAAAAAUCGGUCUCCGAAUAAUGCUGGAUUCGGAAAAUGUUUCUUAUGAGGCGGGCAGUCAAUUCAACAAGUUGGGUCCCUUGUACAUGAACGCACUCGACAACGAACUGAUUGGCACUCUGAACCGGCAGGCUAACAGUCUGCAUCUGGACCAGCAGAUAAUCUUUGAAUUAAUAUUCCACAUUCUGGAUAAAUAGUCGUUCAAUGACGAUAGUUAGGCACGUAUUAUGCCCCGGUCAAGUAUGCAAUACGUUCAGUCUCGUCUAUCUACGUAACAUUUUAACAAGUUAAGGUGAUUAGGACAUGUAGAAUCGAUAGAGAUGAAUGUCUAAUAGAAACGCAUAUUCACACUAAAUAAUACGACAUUAUCAAAGUGCAUGCAUGAUAAUGAAAAAAAAAGUUGUCUAUUACUUGACAGUUGUUGCAACUAGUUGGAAAGUGCAAAGGAUAUGAAUGGAAACCUGUGUUGAUAAAACUAUUUACAAGGCGCGUAAUGAUGAUUUGAUCUGUAGUAAUAUAAGCUACUCGAAACAAAAAGUACUAAUAGGUUAUGUUUGAAAUAAUUGCGUGCAGAUAGGAUGUUUAUUGAAAAAAUAUGGCAAGAUGCGAAUAAAAAAAAUGAAUCUGUAAUGGCAAACAAAAAUGAGCUAACCUGAGGUAAUCGAAUUAUCUUUGUAUAAAUAUUUCAUGUAUUAUAGUUGAAUUAUUGGGACAUAUGUUAUUACUAUUACCCUACACAAUAUAUUUAUAUUUUAUUUAGAAAUUUUAAAAUAAAACUGAGCUAUUGGAAAAUGA